AGCAUGCUUAGAGGGAGGGGAGGCCCUUCUAGUCUCCUAACCUCCUUCCUGCCAGCUGGAAAGCACAUGCAAUGGCUGGACCCUCGGCAGACAUUUUGAGCCAUAAGGACAAAGCCCCUGCUGCUGACAAUGGAGCACUCAAGGGCGAGCCCUGUCGUGGGAGGCGAGCAGCUCUUGAGGGCCGCUCUGUUGUGCAUGCAGCCUGUGCCCUGGUAGGCCCCACCUACAGGCAGGACGUGCCAGCCUGGCCGCGUUCCGUCGGACACUCUCAGCGCUGUUUCCACCAUGGAAAGAUGAAAGACCAUUUUGAAAUGACAUGCAUCCACACGCAGCCUGUGUCCCCGGGAAGGCACAGUGGCCAGGCAGAAGGAAGGCUCAGCGGCGGGCCUGUGGCUGUCACAGCUCCAAGGCUGGCACACCGUGAGUACAGAACCUGCUCACAUCUAAGCAAGCACCUGCUUGCCAAGCUCCCAGGGCCGUCAGGACCCCACACCGCUCAGCCAAGAUUUCCAAGAACACCUGCUCAAGAGGCUUCCAGAGUUACCCGCCUGCUGCCUCCCCACGCUCAUGGAAGUGCACAGAUGGCCGGGCAGGGUCUCUGCCCAGGGCCCUGUCUGAGCUCCCGCCUGCUGCCACACCACAUCCCCCAGGCAGCAGGGGCUACUGGGGCAUGUGGAAGUUAUGGUUUUUAUAUCCCUCUCUGUUCCCAAAUGCAUUGGGGGUGACAGAUACACAUGAGAUAACAGUUUAAAACUUAGGGGUAGACCAUGAGAU